GUCAACUCUGAGGAAUACAGACGAGUUCAUCACAGACUUCACCGUGGGAAAGUUUAAUUAUUUUAAUUGCGGAUUUUUGUGUGGACUAUUCUUUCUGACCAUGAGAGGAGACACAGCCACGGUGAGAGUCGAUUAGUAACGUCUCCAGUUAUGAAAAAACAGAGGGAUUGUUGCAUUGCAUUUUUAGUGUUUUUAUUAAACGCUAAUUGUAAGUUUGUAAUUUGUAAAUUGUAAUGUAAACGUGUUUUAGGAGAACGAAGUGGACGAAAAUGGAGAGGAAGCUGCAGCAGGAGCGGACAGUGCAACCGGGGAAAGACGACCUGUGAGUAACUUUGAUUUAAAAAAACAUAAAACUGUCGUCUUCUUUCAAAUAACGAUAUUUUUUUUUACACGAAAGACAAGAAAAAAUCAGGUUAUCACGUCAAUGCAUUUACCCAUGUGUUGAAAUGUCACAUUUUAUACUCAAGCAGGCAAACAGAACAUGUGAGAGAUUGUGUUGUCCUUAACUGAUGGUACUAUUUGUUUGGGUCUUAAGUUUAUAUAAGACAAGAGGGAGACAUUUCCUGCAGAAAAAUCAUUUUUGUGUUUUAUAUUUGAAGAAUUGUAAAGCCAAACUUCCCUGAGCGUUGUUAUGUUUUGUUUUUUGUUUUUUUCCAGUGUAUGACAAAGAUUAAGCACUCAAACCCCUUCUAUGCCCCACUUAAACUAAAAUAUUUACUAGUAUACCUUACAGAAGAGAGCAGACUGGAUAGGCAGGCUGAGAGUAUCAUGAUGUCAGCUGUUCUGAAUGUCUUUAGCACUGUCAUGUUUGUGACUUAAGUACAGAGAAGAAAGAAUCUGUUCUCACACUUUGUCGCCAAUGUUUGGAUGUGGGCCUUAGUACAUUAAAAACAAAUAUAAUUAAAAUGAUUUUAUCUUAGGCACUUUUCUUAGGCAUCAUCACAUCUGAUUUAAAAGAGUGAGCAGCAACAGCUUUCAGAUAAAGUUAGUUAUUUUUUCAUGUCUGUCAAAAUAUGUGAUAAUUUAACCAUUUAAUAUCUAUUUAAAGGUUAGUGACGUUAGGAGAGGAGCAUUUUUUUAAGUCAAAUAUAAGUUUUUAAUUAAGAUGGUGGAAGCUUUUACAUAUUUUUUUUAGUUUAAAAGAAUUCACAUGUUGUCAUAUUUGAAAUUUUUGGUGUUCCGCACAUCUUAAGGCUAAAUUUGUAUUAAUUUUGUUGCCUCCUUUUGACUUGUGGGUGACUUUUUAGCAGGUGUGGGUGAGGACAUUUAAAAGCAAUUUUAAAAGACUUUUAAGAUAAAGGUGCAACAACUUAAGUUUUUGUGUAUUCUUGGCUUGCUUAGUCCGACAUAAGUGAGUACCUCAUGAUUUUUCUCUCAAUCUUUUUGGUUUUUAGAGUAUUGUGACGCUACAAAAUAUGCUAAAGAAAGUUUCCCACAGUCCUUUCCAAAAUCAAUACAAGGUGAGUAACUACAAUACUCAGUAUGUUCCUGUUUGAUCAGAUCUGAUACACUUUGUGGUCUUUAAGGAGAAACUAGCUUUGCCUUCUUUCUAAUUGUCAGUUUUUCUCUAUCUUCCCACACUCAAGACUCUUGUUUCGUCAAAUUCUGAAUCCAGCGGAUCAUCUGCUAAUGAGUCUGUCAACAAACAGGUGAGGAAGCGUAACAUCUUUCAGCCCUGAAGAAAGCUGCUGGCUGAGAGCCCUUAAGUAAUACUCCACUAAUGUAUCUUUAAGUGUUCAACAGAGGCACUCCCAGUUAUUUUCUUCGCAGGGGUAACAGCAGAAAAUAACCACCAGCAGCUUCAGGCGUGGUUGUGCAACAUCCCCUGUUGACAAACUUCUGUUUACAUAUCUGAGAAGUGACACCUGACCUCCUUAUCACAGUGAUUCACAAUCGAAGAAAACCACAAAGCAUGACGUCCCACGCUUACAUCUCCAUAAAUGGGUUGUUGUUCAUUUGCCGCGGCGUGUUUCAGAGAUACAAUGAUACAACUCUUAAAGAUUUCUGUCGUGCUUCAAAUUUUCCACAUAAAAUUGAUCAGUAAAGAGGUCAACUUGACAGAUCAGAAAGUUGUGGUUAAAAGUAGGAUUCAUGUUUUCAAAAAGACAAAUCUUUUUUCUUUUUUUCCCUCAGGGUGAUUUUAAAGCAGCGGAUAAAAAUCUUCCUGCUACUGCGGCGCAGUCACACGGCACACCCUCUGUCUUGUUUUGUUCUUAGAAACACAAUGUUAUCUUUAGAGCUCCUCAUUCAGGCAGGGCAGGCUGUAUUGUUCAAGUAAUGUCACGGGUCUAACUAGAACCAGAAUAGCAUCUUCUGCUCUAUUUAGCAUCCGUAGUAGCAUCUACCAUUUUGGUCUCUACAGCACACCCGCACUAUUUCAAAGAAAUCAAAGACUGAAUUAUUAACUUUGAUUUGCUCAGUUGAAGCUUGAAGAAACUCUUUAAUGUCCCUGCUAUUCCAGCGAUAUAGGUGUUACUUUUCGCACAGCUUAGUAGUCAUGAGAUGACUCAAAAAGUUAGCUAGCUUUUAGUGCCCACUUAGUUCCCUAUUUAGCCCCGUUAGCAUACCCUACCUAUUGGUACACUGUCUGCUGUUGUAAUGUUACAUACCGCUUGUGGUUUUGAGCCUCUAUGGAGGGUCUUAAUAAAUUUAUUGCUCGAGAUAAAUUCGGCAUAUCCUGGGGAUUGUUUACAAAGGUGCCAUAGGUGAAGUGGCAGCUGAAGCAGCAAUGAUGUGGCCACUGUUGGCCUGAAAACAUAAAAUCUUCCCACUAGGCAUUGGUGAAAGGUUCAGGCAAAGUCCUGGGAAGUUCCUGAAAGGUGAACCUAGAAAACAUGCAAGGGGAUUGCACCAACAUUUGUGUUUUAAAUAUUACGAAAGUUGGACCUCCAACAUUUUAACAUUUUCUCAAUGAAUAAAUUGUUUAAUGUGUAACGGGGGGCAGGACAUUCCCCAGUUACAAAGACCCUCAAGUGUGUUUUGAAUGCCAGCCAGUCAAAGUGAAAUGUAACCCACCUAACUGUCUCCUUUCUUUGUUUCCACUUCUCAGAAUGAAGUCAAUGGAGGUUUGACCAGAAAUAACCCCUUUUAUUCAUAUUAUUUGGUUAGUAAAAAGUCAUGUCAUCACAGUUAUCACCAAGAUAUUGUUCCCGCGAAACAUCCUCUUAGUAGUCUUGUUUUCUCUCACCAGGAAUCGGGGGGCAGCAAAGGUCACAUAAAGGAAGACACAGGGGGAACCUCAAAGGAGAAAAACCUGGAUGCUGUCUUUCUCCCUCCACCUGAGUUCCAGAGCUCCCCUCUUGAUCACCAAACUCAACGUCAAACUGUGGCAAAUGCAGCUGGAUUUUCUGAGCCUCAAAAGUCUAAUGGAUCCACUCAACUUGCAUCUACCAAUGGGCAUUCUCAUGAUUCGAGACUGAACUCGGCAGACUUGUUUAAACCAACAUCCACAAUGUUUAAAAAUAAAGAGGUGAAUCUUCAGGCUGCUACAGGACAUGAUACAGCCAAUGGCAUGGGCGACUUCUCUGAUAAGUCCCCGGGUCUCUUUGACAACCCGUUCAACUCCUCUCCAAACAACAAGGAUACGAUCCAAUCUACUCAGCCAACAAUGGCAAACCCGUUUUAUUCUGCCACAACCAGUGAAGUGGAUUUGUUUCAACCAGCUUCAACCAAGACUCAGGAACUGAUGAACCAAAAGUCCUCAGAGAAAAUUGAGGAUGUGUUUUCACCCUCAUCUGCAUUUGCAGUUGAUCCAUUCCCAAGCCCGAUCACAAGGAAUUUAUUCCAAGACACUUCCAGUUUGGAUGAUCCUUUUGGUUCUACUCCCUUCAAACAAAACGACCCUUUCCAAGAUCUAUCAAAAGGCACUCCAGAUAUCUUUAAACCUCUUCCCCCAAAGAGAGUUGGUAAAGAUGGUUUGUCUGACACAAAGAUGGACAUGCUGUCAACACCAGAUCUCUUCAAGCCCAUGCCAUCAGAUCAAGCCUUGGAUUCCGACUCUGCUGACAAGCCACGGGACAUCCUCUUGACCACUCCUGGAGGAACUGAACACGAUAUCCUUCAGCCGUCUCCCUUCAGUCGGGCCAGGAAUCUGUCCAUGUCACCCAGCCAGUCUCAAGCUCAAAUGGCUCAUGUAUGUCACUGGUACCAUUUGAUGUUUGAAUAACCCAUAUUUGGAGCCAAGUCUAUGUUUCUGCUCAGCCUGUUUGACAUGACAAUCAUUCCUUUAGGUGCAGACCUUUAAACGUCCGCCAAAACCACUUCCUCGAACCAAACCACUCAAGACUGAGAAGUCACCUGGGCCUGAAAAGCCACCAAGACCAGAAAAGCCACCUGCAUUAGUAAAACCUACCCCACCAGCAAGGCCACCCGCACCAACAAACCUUGUAUGCAAAAACACAGUUCAGUCAAAUGUUCAAUUCUUCAUCAUUAAUUUUCUAGCUUGUUUAAUACCUUCUUUUUUUUACUCUUGAAUCGUGUUAAGACGAAACCUGAAACACCUGUGCCAAAAACGUCUCCCAAGCUGUCUUUCAAAGGUCUCCCAAAACCUGUUAUUCGGCGUAAACCAAAAACCCCGGUAAGGAUGCUGAUUAAAUCUGACCGAGUUAUACUUCUAACCACAGCAUACUUGUGACACAGGUCAUAAUCUCAAAUGAAGAACAAUGCUGGAAGUUAUGUUUGGUCGUUUGUUUGUGUAAACUUGAUGUUUACACAGUAAUGUCAGAUUUUUUUUUUUUUUCUUCUUUUACAGGAAAAUAAGUCGGUAGAACCUGACAACUAUGUCGUCUUUGAGGACAUCCUCCUGAUUGGACAGGUGUGUUUUCACUGGUUUUAAAUGAAAUAAAAAAUGUUUAAAUAUUUGUGGAACAGCUCCUGACAAACCAUACCAUAAAGCUAUGACAGGAAAAAACAUAGUGGACAGUACACAUUGUUGUGGGGUAGGGCGGAAAAUAAAGGCAAGUAACUGAUGUAAAUUUGGGUGGAUACGUUGGCCUGGCAACACAAAGAGGAUCCAAAAAUUUGACUUUAAGGGGAACGUGGUUACUGUGGUUACCAUGCAAACAUUUUUGAGGUAUAGCUGAUUUAAUAAAAGUUUGCUUUACUGAACUCCAAAACAGGAAAAGUGUGUCGAGGACUGGCCUGAAGACAGUCCAGAGCUUAACCCAGACUUCAAGCCGGUAAGGAAACUCUUCUAACUCAAUUUUUUUAAAACCAAAUCUUCUCAUAAUCUGUACCUGUAUGUCAAACAUGAGCAAUGCCCUUCCUUGAAAUGUAUGUUGCAUCCAAGACACUUGAUCCAAUAAGUAAUUUUUACCUUUUCUUAAAAAGUCUGGAGCAUUGAGACUACGGCGAGAAUCCUAUAAAGUAAGUUUGAGGUUAUUCCUGUUGUCGUGUCGUGAGUUUAAAUGGAGAGUCAUGAGGCUGAUGACGGUGUACUUUUCUCUUAGCUGAAGGUGGAAUCUGAUGGAGGAAGUGGCGAAGACCAGGAUGGCUCUGGGUUCCAGGGCAAGGUACAGCAUAACAGCCUCACAAAUUCGUCAUAGUCCAUCAUAGUUGAUAUCGAUGUAGUUUUCAGUCUGUGCUCCACAUUAAACUUCUUCUUACAGAAGAAAGAAAGGAAACACAGGAUGUCAAUACUUUCCAGAAGAGGGUCGAAGGUAAACAAGGCUUUAACAAUGACAAGAACAUUGGUCUGGUUGUGUUUGCUUGUUGGUUUUUAUACUAAUAAUGAUUUUCACUUCGACAAGGACAAGUAUCCUGAUGAUACAGUAGAAGGGAAGAGCAGGACACUACCAGUUUCACGCAGAUCGUCAAAGGUACUAAUCGAAGUUUCAUGAGUGUGUCAGUAAGUAAAGUGUCGUCUUUGAACUGCGGGUGUUUUUAAGUUCGAAACAAAUAAAACUGUAGAAGAAAUUCAUGGUUAUUGUGGUACCUGCUUGAAUGAAAUGUGACCGUGCUUUUUCAGGAUUAUCUUGCAGAGGGGAAAAUGUCAGCUGAAGAUUACGAAGAUGGGGAAGAGAACUGGGUGGACUACAAAGUAUGUUUUUGGCUUAAAACGGUUUUUCCUAUAAAUGAGCUUUGACACUUAACUAGUAAUAAUUUAAUAUUUCUUCAUAUAUUUGUUCACAGAAGAGACAAGUGAAAACCAAAGUCAAUCACCUGCUUCGACGAGCAUCUACGAAUUCCUCUGUGCCAGAUGGAAAGCGCAUGAAUGGAUUUGUACCUCAGGAGUCAAAGGUUGGAUACUUACACGAAAAGAUGUUUUUUUCUGAUAUUAUCCUCUCUUAUCAGGAGAUAUGAUUAUGUAUUUUGAUUUCAUUUCACAACAGGAUGAUAAGAAAAGUGUGAGCAAGAAAAACUCCAUCAUACGCAGAUGGUCAGAUGUAAGUUUCUGCUGUUACUUUACAAAAUAUAAAAUUUGUAUGGCCAUGAAAUUCAGGCUGCAAGCAAGGACAGCUAUUACAAACAGUUGCUAGAUGUUACUCAGUGGACGGUUUUUGAUGGGGUUCUUUCAUUUUUAACAGGGGACUGUUCUGGAUGGCAGCACUGGUGAGGAAGAGGAGGAUGGAGGAGAAGCCCAGCAUGGAGAGGUAAGAUCACUUUUUAGUAACAGUGCAGGGCAAUGUGUGUACCAGAACCAGAAUGUCAUCAAAGGUCAAUAUGACUCAAGAUUACACAAUAGUAGACCACAAUCUAAUCUUCCUUCUCUCUCUCUAGAAGAAGAAAAGGAGGAUGAAGAUCAAGUUCGUGCCUCACAGAGGAUUUGCUAUCACUGUGGAAAAGGUAGAACACGUCUGUUUUACUUCACACUCUAGUAUUUCUUUGAAUAAUUCAUUUUAACUCACGUCAUGUCAAAACUUUCUCUCCACAGAAAGAUGAACUGCAGGGAGCCCACGGAUACACGCCACGCAAGAGUUCAAAGGUGAGGAUGAGUGCCUUUUAACUAAACGGGUUAGUGCUUGGUAUAAUUCUUGGAGAGACGAUUUCCACGAGUUGAAACAUAGUUUGAAUUUUUUUCUCUCUCCUCAGGACAAAUCAUACGAUGAGGCUUUGGGUGCGUACGGUUACACGCCUCGCAAAAAGUCCCAGGUACAUCCCUCCUUCAGUCCUGUUCCCUUAUCCAAGACUUGUUGGAUAGGGAAAAUUGGUUUUGCCUACUUUUAUGAAACAAUUAAAUUUUGAGGAUAAUACUCCCUCAUAACAUGAAAUGACUCGAUCACUCGAUCAAAUGUUUCGUGUCUCUUUUUCUCAGGCGGAUGCUUUUGAGAACGUGGAAGAGCUAAAAAGCCAAAGUCUUCAAUCAUCUUGCAAGGUUAGACUUUCCCUUUAUUGUCGCCAUUCUGUAAUGUGUGUUUUUUGGUAUUGUAAACAUUAACGUUUGAAUAUUUUUGCAUAUUUUUCAAUAAACAUGGGGGUGGGAAUUGUAGGGUCAAAUAUCCUGCACAUUUUCUAAGAUAAAAGAUGUUUUGAAGCACCUAAAGGAAACAAAAAUUUAAAUUCUGAAAAGCUGAUUGAUUUAAAGACGAGUGAACUCAGAAAACUGUUAAAAUUGAGCGUUAUUUAUUCUGCAAACUAAACACAAGAUCACAGACUCUGCAGGCAAACAACGUCGAAUUAGCUAGCUAGCUAAGUUAGCAGAGCUAGCACCACCAGCCUUUUGUCCUCCCUGCAGGUAAACAGCGGUAUCAGUGCUGGUCGCAUAUUGCUUUGAUCAAGUUGAUUGAAAGAAGUCACCAAACAGCUGUAUCUCCAUUUUCUUGACAAAAGUCCACCAAAGCGUGCCAGGCUGUCAUCUUCACUCGUUGAAAUAAUCUAUCAUCCUAACCUGGGCUGUAUUGCCAGAUCAAAUAAAUGAAAAUAUGAUGUGGAAAUUGGACAUCUUGCCUUUAUAACCUUUUGUUCUCUACUUCUUUGCUUCUUGUUACUUCUUCUGGUACUAAGUGUUGGGAGGUAAACCUCUAAUAGUUGUUUUUUAUCUGUUUCUUAGGCUGAUUACAUGGAAGAUGAAGAACUACAGAAAGGGCUGCAGUUGUCUGCUGACUUGAAUGGAGAUGAAGACCCAUAUGGACAGGAGGACGUCAAACCAGUAAGUCCAUGGAGUUUCUCAUGAAUGAUUCUGUCGCCUGUAGUCACUUAAAGGCCUUUUUUUCCUUCAUGAACAGAAGAAAUCCACAAAGAUGAAACUGCUGCAUGCAAACCGACGAAGCUCCAAGGUCAGCGUUUUUAAAUGGCGCGUUAAUAUUCACAGCAUGGUGAUAUAAAAAGAAAUGACACUCAUAAACUGAAGACUGAAGGUUAAUUUUGUUUUAUAUUUAGGAGGACAUGCUUGAUGACGUCCAGUUCCAGAAAAAGAAGAGCAGCUUUUCAGCCGAGGGGUUGGACGAUGAAGAGCUCUACGAGUUUGAAAAACCGGUACUAAGAGUCUUUUAACAACAGCAGCAGUAUAAGCAGAGAGCUGUGUGUCUUGUCUGGUAGAAACACCCUGUGACGCAGCGCAAAGACCAAAGAAAGAAAGAAACCAACCCUUCAGACGGCAAAGAUUAACAACAAUAGAGGAUGUUAUCAUAAAAGCAGCGCUGUUGAAUGUGCGGAGAAGAUAAAUAGCAGAUUAUCCCUUUAACAAUCUCUAAACAUGAGAGUGAACCUUUUAUUUAACAUGAGACUGUUUGAAUGAGGAAUAGAAGCUGCACAACAUCUGACUGAUCGAUUAGAGUUACUUAAUGUAGAUAAAAGACAGACGCAGAUACAUUUCCGUCUAACUUUUCACUUGGUUGAAUUCCACCUGUCCAUCUGACAAUACUUUCCUGUUUCUUUGUCAGAAAAAGACCAAACGUAAAGCCCCCAUACCCAUCCCACACAAACCCAAGACCGCAAACGGACAGAGUGAGACAAAUGGAUUCAGCCAACACGUACCUGAGCAAGCAGCUAAGGUUCGUUCACCGCCAGAAUUGUGCUUUCUUUCAAGUGUUUUUUGUUGUUUUGGAGAGUUAUUGAUUUUUUUUCGUAACAGGAUGCUUUCAAUGACUAUGACGAUGAUGUCGAAGAAACAGGAAAUGAGUUCUUGAAUCCCCUCGAGAUGUACCCCGAAGACCAAGAUGAUCCAGACAUCUGCAAACCGGUACUAGCAUCACUCUGUUUUUUCCACUUUGGGGUUUUUAAACUCCAACGUAUGACUCUCAAACAUUUUAUUUUUCACAACAGAAGAAGUCAUCGAAACUGAAAGCCUUAAAGAAACGAAUAACAAAGGUGAGUUCAUGUGGUCAAACUUGUUUUUUGUAUAUAAAGAAUGAAAGUUUCAAGCAUGAUGUGGAUAAUGGGCUCGUUGUCUUGCUAGAGGAAAUCUGUGAAUUUGGAGCACGAAGAUCCACCAGGAGCUGCUUCUGGCAGCCUGUCAGAGGCGGCCAAGGUGAGUUUGGCAGAUUUUUUUAGGCUUUGAUAAAUAUCUUUAAUCUACUGUGAACCUUUGUCAUCUUGGUCACAGACCGGUUAGCAUGAUUGGCCUACUAAAUGACCCAGAUUUCAGGACUUAACAACCCAUGCCUUUGUUUGUUUGCACAAACGAUUAUGCGGCUGUAAAUCAUGUGGAAGCAGCUCAUUGAGGAAGUGUGUCAGCGUGAUUCUUGACCCUGAUAAAAGGAACUAUUUUAGUCUCGAAUCUCCUACAAAUGUACAAUCCACAUUUCAUCACAUUUUAUCAUUAAUGGUGCGUUCCCAGACAUGUAAGCUAACCAUGCCAUUAGCGCGUCUGCAUCCCCAUACCAUCACAUUAGCGUACUUCUGAUCUGUGCAUGGAUAACGAACCUGGUGGUCCCUCUCCUCACCAGAACCAGGGACAUGGGGUCCAUGAUUUCCAAAAAGAGGGUCAAAUUUAGACAUGAGACCACAGGACAGUUUCCACCGGACUUCACUCCAUCCACCAAAAACAGUUCUUAUACUGUUAUGAUUUACUUGAUGCCAUCUCCUGUUUGAGUUAAUCUUGACUGAGUUUCAAGUAUUUAUUAUUUUACUCUUUAACACUCGUGAACUUAUAGAACCAUGAUUGUCGUGUUCUUGGUGUUAAAAGCUAAAAAGGAUCUAAUUAAAAAAACUCAUUCAUACUGAAAGUUUUUCUUCCAUAAAAACAGACAUUUUUUAAAAACAUUUGUUGACCUCAACUUACAGCUGAGAGAGUACUAUGAAAUGUUGUUGUUUUCCACUGCUGCUGUAGUUAUCUCUGCGUCUUCGUUCCUGAUGGGACACAUUCCUUUAACUUGUGACGGAGCCGGUUCAGUCACAUAGCUGAGUCAACGCACAAAACUCGUGCUUAGCAACCUUAGGAUACAAAAGGGUGAAGUGUAGGGAGGCUUUGAUGACUAAUUUGAUUGAGCACAUAGCAAAGGUCUACUGACGAAUGCCCUGGUUUAUUUUUGUCCCCCUCACCCAGGCGGAGUGGCUGGCCGCUCAGAUGGAUGAGCAGACCGAAGCAGGUCUGGAGGACGAGGACGAGGAAGGGGUCAGUUUGUCUUCAAAGUAGUUUAACUGAAGCACUCCAUUCAACCAGCAUGCAAUCGUGAUGUAAAAAUCAAUUAUUUUCACAGGACACUGACAGUCUGAUGGAGUGGUGGAACACCGUGGAACGUAAGUCACUCUCAGAUCUGAAUAAAGCGACACUCUGAUGACUGUGACCGAGCAAUACAAGCAAGAAAUUUUGAUUAAAAAACAAAUACUGGACUGUGUUUCAGAAUGGGACGAGGUGCCGUCAGACGAUGAGGAAAAAGUCCUACAGGAAGACGAGUCCAAGUAUGUCCGUCAAACUGGUGCCUUUUAAUUAAGCUGGAUUGAUGAUUUCCUCUGUCACUCUAAUUGUAGUUGUUGGUGAGGACAUAGGGUUUGAUGUUGUGAGAUUUUAAGAUUGUAAAGGGCAAGAUGAUGGAAUAUCCAGUGACUUUGGUUUACGCCAAACAAAACUUCACUUCUACCAAACUUUGAGCUGUACUUUCUCUCCAGGUCAUUCAGCAUCUUGGCGGAUAAAGUUCACCGCGGCCUCCAGGUCUACAACAAGGUCUUCACAGAGCGAGCCGAGGUCCUCUGGCAGUCCAUCAUCAGGCUCCACGCCAUCGCCGAUGACAUAAGCUCUUUCCACCACAAGGCAAAGAUAGCCGGGAUCACCGGUGGGACCACGACAGCUGUGGGUGGAGUGGCAGCCAUUGCUGGUUUGGCUUUGGUACCUGUUACUUUUGGGGCCUCCCUAGUGAUAACCGCCAUUGGCGUUGGAGUGGCGACAGCUGGGGGAAUCACUUCGGCUUCUGCUGCCAUCUCUGAUAACGUCAACAACAUGCACGACCGCAAGAAAGUAAGCCGACAUUUUUGUUUCAAAGGAUCAAACAGGGGAUCACCGAUUCUGAGUGUAAACAAUGUCAAAGUGGUUUGCAGAGUGUGGAUAGCACCACCAGCCUUUUGUUAGAAGGUUUAGGGAGGUUAAGGUCCACCUGCCUGUGCUGGUUAAGGCUACAUAUGUUCAACUUUAUCCCCAUUUUCUAGAUCAAAUCACGGUCAAACUGUACUCUACUAGAGAGGUAAACUAUGCCUGUUUACAUCCAGAUAGUAGAACAGUAUGAUGUUAUGACAAUCACCAUUUACUGGAGCUAAAGGUGGCUGUGUUACAGCUUAGACACAACAUGUGACCGGCUUGUAAAAAUAGAAGUGUUAGUAUGACUAUCAAGGGUGAUGGCAUUCAGUCGUUCCCAUAUUUCCAUUUUUGAGAUCUUUGGUCUUCUCACGAUCCACUCUGGUUCUUCUUCCUCCUUCCCCAGGUGGAGGUAGUGCUGGAGAACUAUGAGGGUCACCUGCAGGACAUCGGGAAGAUCCUCCACUUUGUCAACCAGGGCUUGUACAAACUCCGCGGCCACCCCUUCCUCAGGUCGGGCACCCAGCACUACUCAGAGGAGUGGGAGAUCCGCAGAGCCGUCCAGAUGAUCAGCUUAGUCGACUCGCCCAUCAUGCGGGCGACCGAGAUCACAGACGCGGCAAUCAUUGCAGUCCAGGGACUCUUCGAAGGCAUGGAUAAGUACUUCAUCAAGGACAGCAGGGAACUGAGGAAGGGGUGCAAGAAAGAGGUGGUGGCUCAGAUAAAGGAGGUGGCAAACGUGCUCAAUGACGGGAUCGUCGAGCUGAAUGCAAUCAGAGAGGAGUUACAGGAGGCGACUGGGAGUUUAUGAGGAACAUCCUGCACUCUGACACUUGGGCAAAUAUAGAUCAACAUCCCCCUCUACUGGUGAAAUACAUGAACUAUGGGAACAAUUGAAAUUACAUGCAACUACUUACAUAUCUGAGAUGAGGUGUUACUGUAAGUCUUAACUUUUUAUUUGUACUAUUUGAUGUAAGAUGUUUAAUGUGCACAGGUUACAGGUCAAAAUAACUUGUAAAUAGACCCCUUAAAUUUGCACUUUCAGCACUUCUUCCUGGGUGAUGGGUUCAAAUGUCAGGUAGCUUGUCAACCCUGACACUUGAGCUUAAAAUGUAAAUUAAUUGAUAUUUGCAUGUCCUCCUACUUUGCGCCAAGAGCAUACUUUAAACAGAAUGCAUCACAAUGCAAUCACGCUGUAAUCACUGCAAUUAGUUAUAUCACACCUGUUUAGCACAGUAUCACAAAAAAUAGGUAUGAAUAAUCACAAACUUUGUUUUUUUUAAGGCCCUUUGUUAUCAAAUUUCACUGCAUUUGUGAUAACAGUUUGCUUCUCCUGCAUUUAAAAUAUGUCAGAGCAAGAAGAGAGGAAACUUUGUGAACAAAGAGAGAAAAAGUUGCAAUAUUUAGUUUAGCCUCAGGAGUAUUUUUGUAAAUAGCUGCUUCUGAUCACGUGAUCUUAACACACAUCCUGUUUUUAGUGGUUUCUCCACAAAAACAAAGGCAAGGGUGUUCCUCAUUCACAAAGAGAAAUACGGUACAUGAAGGGUAAUUUAAUUUCUUGACAUGUGUAGUGAAAGUUUUUGUUGAACUGUGGGUUGUGUUUUUGUAUGAGUCAGCUGCAAAAGCUUCAACAACUUCUAAUAUGUCAUUUUUUGGGUUACGUACAGUAUAUUUGGGUAUUAAAGGUAGAAAUACUGCUGAAAAAUAUUUUGUAAAAUUGCAUGAGUUAAAAAAAUUUCCAGUUAUUGAAGCUUUUGUAUUUUAGUUCGAUGAAGGAUACAAUUUAUUAUUUGAAGUAUUUAAUGCAAGCAAAAACUUGAUACACUUUAUGUCACUGUAUAUUAUACAAACAAAUGUGUUUAUGCAUGACUGAAGGAAUUAUCAUGGAUGACUUUAACCUCUUUAUGUCUCUUUGGUUUUCCAUUUGCAAAUAAAGCCAUAGAAUUUUAGUCCUUGUUUUGUAAAUACAGAGAAAUAUAAACUCCUUUAAGUCAAAAUUGUUGGAUGUUUUUUAAGAAAUGUGAUUGUUUUUUCUUUUAUUUUAUCAAUACUUCAUACCCUCAGAUUAUUUUCCUACUUUAUUCUAACCUGC